AUGGUUCUUACACAUAAUAUCAAGAAAGUGAAAAGACAUAUCUCUGAGUGGGAUAAAACAUUUGCAAACCAUAUAUCCGAUAAGAGGUGUCUUCAGAAGAGAGAUCCUUCACAACUCCCUCUCUCUGUCAUUCUCAUAUUCAUGGAUGAAGCUCUCUCUGUUAUACAAAGAGCCAUCACCAGCAUCAUCAACUGGACACCCUCUCAAUUGUUGGAGAUCAUAUUAGUGGACAAGUUUAGCUCAAAUGGAGAAUUAAAGGCGUACUUGGAUGAGAAGAUUAAGCUUUACAACCAGAAGUCUCCAGGACUACUGAAAAUAAUACGGCAUACCGAGAGAAAAGGUCUUGCUGCUGCUCGCAACACUGGCAGGGAGGUGGCCACGGCCGACGUGGUUGCCAUCUUGGAUGCUCAUGUUGAAGUGAACGUUGGGUGGGCAGAGCCCAUCUUGGCACAGAUUCAGGAAGACCGCACCAUGGUCGAGUCCCCUGUGUUCGACAACAUUCUUUUCGACACCUUUAAACUGGAUAAGUAUGCAUUAGCAGUGUGGCAAUGCAGUGGGAGAAUCAAGGUCUUGCCCUGCUCCCGGGUUGCCCACCUGGAGAGACACCACAAGGCCUACUCCUUGGACUUGAGUAUUCCCUUGAAGCAUAAUGCCCUGAGCGUGGCUGAAAGCUGCAUGGAUGAGUACAAAGACAUGGUCUACAUGGCCUGGAACAUACCUCUCCAGAACUCUGGAAUCGAUUUUGGAGACGUUUCUUCCAGAAUGGCACUCCAGAAGAAACUGAAAUGCAAAACUUUUGGCUGGUAUCUGAAAAAUGUUUAUCCAUUCCUGAAGCCAAUCCACAGCACUGUGGUCUAUGGAAGACUGUUGCCUUGUGUUUUGCUCCUUCAGAUGAAAAUCCCAUUGGAUGAAAGUGUCUGCCUGGACCAGGGAACUAUUCCAGGCAAGCCAAUCAUGUAUUACUGCCAUCAGUACAGUUCCCAGAAUGUCUACUACCACCUAACUGGGGAAGUCUAUGUGGGACCACUGAUUGCUGAGACAGACAUUGAUGACUGCUGUCUGACAGACCCUGGCAAAGGGGAGAAGCCUACUGUAGAGCCAUGUUCCAAGGCAGUCAAAAAUAGACUUUCAACCGUGGAGCAGAGAUCCAACCCAGACUCUUUGGCUUUAACGCCCUUAAUGUUUCCAGCAGGAAGAGCCGUCCUAAACAGAACCACCAGAUGAUGUCUGGAGACAAAGAGGUACACUUCAGGUGGCUACAUGUUUGCUCUGCAGACCUGCACCACACACGUGUGGACGCUCCAGUACACAGUCAGAAACUGGGGGUCAAACCAACGCCCAGUGGUCGUCAGAGAGCCUGGGUGCUUUGUCCUGAGGCUGGCUGUGACCCCCAAGUCCCAGCUUCUCCCCCCAGAAAGGGCAAAAUCUGGGACCGUGGGUUACGACGACGGUGGCCAGAAGAGGAAUCUAUGGCGAUGCCAGAAGAUGCUGAACUCCCCUCCUCCCAUGAAUACACCGAGUCUACAAGUACACAUGGAACCAUUUCUUCUUAAAAAUCCUAAAGGCUGGCUGAGUGAUAACGUCACAUUGGGCAAACAAGAAAACCACAUCGAGGCAGAGGAGUUAUCUGCUGAAAGACAGAAGUUUCUAGUACAGGCUUUAGAAGAUGACUCUGGAACGAUGGUGUGGUUCACGCCCUACCUUGGAAAAAACAACAAGAAGAAACCCUUUAGUGAGCGUGCUGCUUUCAGAGCCAGCCCGGGGGACAGAUCCAUCUCCGUUAAGCGUCCAGUUUUUGAGAGCUGCAGUGGGGUCGGUAAUGAACUCUGCGAUCUGAAGGCUGGGGGCUGGCUGGGAGGGGUCUCUAAGAGUGGCUUGGGAAGCAAGUCCCUCUCUGAUAACCCCCAAGAAAAAGUCAUCCAGAGAGAGCUGUUCGAUCAAGGAGAUGACUGGAAAUUUGGGGAAGGCAUCCCAGACAGCACGAUAAAGCUGUCCUCAUGCAAACGCAAAUCGGAAGGCCUUUUUCAUGAGGUUUGCCCCCAUUUGGAGGCCAAAGACCUGGGUCCUAGUCAUGGUGCCACCAUUGACGAGCUGCGGGACCUGUAG